AUGUCUUACAAUUUGGGCUUUAUUGGAGGAGGCAAUAUGUCUACAGCUAUUUUUCAAGGGAUAUUGAGAAAUGGUGACCAUCCAGCAUCAAAGAUUUGGGUAUCGGGACCUCAUUUGGAAAAUCUAUUACACUGGAAAGAACUAGGUGCAAACAUAACAAAUAAGAAUGGAGACAUUUACAGUACCUGUGACAUGAUAUUUCUUGGAGUCAAACCACAAUUUUUAUCAAAUGCUAUAAGUGACUGCUACAAUACAUUACCUCUGAAUAUGCCUGCUAAGAAAGUAUUAUUUGUUUCAAUAUUAGCUGGCACUAAUAUAGAACAGUUACACAAGGCUCUGAGUAUUCUGCCUGGUGAAAAACAAGUGAUCAGAACAUUGCCAAACACUCCUAUGGCAGUUGGUGCUGGAGCUUGCUUAUACACACCAGAUAAUUCAGUCACUGAAGAACAGUGCAGAAAAGUUGAAAUACUUCUCUCAGGAUGUGGUGUUUGUGAAAAAGUAGCUGAACAUUUAAUAGCAUCUUUAGGCUCUCUUAUUGGAUGUGGCCCUGCUUUUAUGUAUAUUGCAAUUGAAGCCUUAGCCGAUGGUGCAGUGAAACAAGGUGCACCCAGGGCCUUAGCAAUGAGACUCGCUGCCCAAAUGGUCAUGGGUAGUGGUAAAAUGGUACUAGGGAAUACCAAACACCCUGGCCUCUUGAAGGAUGAAGUCUGUUCACCUGGUGGAUCGACCAUCUGUGGUGUCACUGCAUUGGAACAGGGCAAAUUUCGGGCAACAUUAAUUAAUGCAAUCGAAGCGGCAGUUUUACGGACUAAGGAAAUGGAAAAGAAGUAA